CGUCUAGGCAAUGCCUUGACCCAAACAGAAACAUGUUGAGGUACAAAAGGAUUACUGACAGUCAAUGACGCGGAAAAAGUCAUAUAAAAAGGGCAUAUAAGAUCACUGCUCUAUAAAACAUCUACUCACUACCCAUCCAUCCUUGCGGCGAUCCCUCCCAACACCGAACAACCGCACACAAUGAAGGCCUCUCAGGUCCUCUUUCUUUCCAUGCUAUGCGCAAGUGCGCAUAGCUACAUGGCCCCGAAAGCUGUGGGCUCCAUGCCACGCAACCUCGGCACGCCCGAAUCCCUAAGCAGUUCGUACACGUGCGAAAAUGGUGCCAAACCUUCCUUGGAAUGCGUUGAUUCAACUGCAAAGCCAAGCUGCGAUUGCACCUGUACCAAUGGUAUCCGCUUCAACCGGACAUUAUCCACUGAUGCGCCGGGAAGUGCGUCGUGCGCUACGUGCGAGGCAGAGAAGGAGCAGUGUCUUGUGCAGUUGGCUAUCAACGCCGGUCUCGCAACAGCGCGUGAGCAGCAGUUGAAAACAGACUUUGAAAAUGCAUCCGCACGCGAGGCACAGCUGAAGACGGAUCUCGACAACGCAGCCGCGCGUGAACAGCAGCUGAAGACGGACUUCGACACUGCAUUCGCACGUGAGCAAUCAUUGAAGACCGAUCUCGAAAAUGCACUCUCGCGUGAGCAACAACUAACCACCUCUCUCGAAACCGAAAAACAAACCUGCCAAACCAAAGAGCAAACCCACCUUGCCAAACAACACGACCUCGAAGACCAACUAAAGCCCUACAAGUCCACCAGCUUCAAAAUCCAAAAAUGCUACGUAACCACCGCCAAGCACGCCCUCACCGACUUCUACAUCAAAGACUUGGAAAUGACGGCCUACAAGUGCAAGCACAUUUGCCGCGGCUCAAAGUUCUUUGGCCUUUCUGAUGGCCAUAGUUGCUACUGCGGUAAUGCACUCAAUACAGAUUUAACGGAGACUGAUGUCGCUAUGUGCAAGGUUAAAUGUGGCGGCGACAUUUAUGCUUGUGGAGGUGUUGGUACGACGAGGGUAUUUACUUAUGAGUAUUAGAGAAG